GCCGCCCUGACCUUCAGGCCGGAGCGGACUGUCGGGAAGCCCUCCCGCUUUCCUUCCAGGCGGUGGGUCCUGGUGAGGCUGCUGACAGGGCAGCCUUGUAAGGGCUGAGCCUCAGCCUCUCCGGGAGGUUUUGGCAGUAACCUGUGGACCAGUACAAGCCGAGCUUGACCCUAGAACCACAGUGACAGUGUCCACCUAAGUCUGUAAAAGCCCUGUCCUGAGGCUGCCAGGCUUGUCUCUGUCAGACCCCAUCCUGGGUUCUCACCGUCGCCGUCUUUAUUGUUGUGUGCUCAGCUGGGCCCAGCGCAGGGGUACUGUUUCACGGAGCCUGAGAAGAGUUGUGACGAUCACAGCUCCCCACACUUGCUGCCCAGUGUGCUGCCCUGGCCACGUGUGGCUGAGUGCCUGUAGGGCUGAGGAACCAAGUUCACAUUUCAUUCAAUUUUUUUUAAUUAAUUGAAACUUAAUAGAUCCAAGUGGUUGGAAGGGUUACGAUAAUGGAUAGCAUAAGAAUAGCCUCAUUAGAAAGGAAAUCAGGACCACCAAUCAGCACUGCAGAGUGUAGAAUCUGUUCCCCUGGCAAAUGAGGCCUGCAUCAUCAGUGGGUUCCCUCAACUCCAGUCAAAAGGGCAGAAAAGGUACGCCAAAUCAAGCAGGAUUUGGAGGGGGCUUCGCAGUCAACCUGCUUCUUCAUCACUGAUCUUCAGGGCUCGGGCUCCAAGACAGAUGGCAUGAGUUUCUGGCUGAGUUGCUGCAGGCGCACUUGUGUGGGUGAGGAGACUGAGGCAGCAGGUGUGUAACCUUCCCUGGGUUGUGCCAAGGGGCCAUGAUCCCUGUGAGGCUGUUCUCAGCAAGCUCUCAGACCCUGUUGGAGGGCCUGGCACAGUGGACCCCGUCUGCACAGGCCAGCCUCAGGCCCUGCCGGCUCCUUCCACAGCAGGCUUCACCCAGGAUGCUGUCAGUGGGCUGCGUGGACCACACCAAGCAUCAGGAGACCCCUGGAAAGAAGCCACUCUCUGAGAAAAAACUGAAGAGGUAUUUUGUGGACCAUCGGAGAGUGCUUGUUCGAGGAGGAAAUGGAGGCUCUGGCAUGAGCUGCUUCCACAGCGAGCCCCGCAAGGAGUUCGGGGGCCCUGAUGGUGGAGAUGGUGGCAACGGUGGCCAUGUCAUCCUGAGAGCUGACCAGCAAGUCAAGUCGCUGUCGUCGGUCCUAUCCCAGUAUCAGGGUUUCAGUGGAGAAGAUGGUGGCAGGAAGAACUGCUUUGGCCGGAGUGGCGCCAUGCUCUUCGUCCGGGUUCCCGUGGGCACCUUGGUGAAGGAGGGCAGUGAGGUCGUGGCCGACUUGUCCCAGCGGGGCCAGGAGUACAUCGCUGCACUGGGCGGGGCAGGCGGGAAAGGCAACCGCUUCUUCCUGGCCAAUGACAACCGAGCCCCUGUGACUUGCACCCCGGGAGAGCCGGGUCAGGAACGCGUUCUCCACCUGGAGCUCAAGACGGUGGCCCAUGCUGGGAUGGUCGGCUUUCCCAAUGCUGGGAAGUCCUCGCUGCUCCGGGCCAUUUCAAAUGCAAAACCUGCUGUGGCUCCCUACCCCUUCACCACCUUGAAGCCCCACGUGGGGAUUGUUCACUGUGAAGGUCACCAACAGGUGGCAGUGGCAGACAUCCCUGGCAUCAUCCGAGGCGCCCACCAGGACAAGGGUCUGGGACUCAGCUUCCUCAGGCACAUUGAGCGCUGCCGCUUCCUCUUGUUCAUAGUGGACCUUUCCCUACCAGAGCCAUGGACUCAGGUGGAUGAUUUAAAGUACGAACUGGAAAAGUACAAAGAAGGCCUGUCUGAGAGGCCCCAUGUGGUUGUUGCAAACAAGAUUGAUCUCCCCCAGGCCAGAGCCCAUCUGCCCCAGCUCCAGGACCACCUGGGACAGGUCAUCGCCCUGUCGGCAGUGACUGGGGAGAACCUGGAACAGCUGCUGCUGCACCUGCAGGUGCUACACAGGGCCUACGUGGAGGCCGAGCUGAAGCGAGGCAGCCAGCCUCUCAGGUGGUAGCAGUGCACAGUGGCACCCGUGUCCCAGGGCAGGGUACUGCACAGGCAGUGGACACAGGGGCCUCCAGGCCACCACACAAGCAAACCUGAUUAUAAAAUGUGGGUGGUUUUGAACACAUAAGAGAAAGUGCUUGUAAAUAUUGGA